GAGACUACACAGGCACUCCCAGAUUCUUCUUGUGAUUUUUUGGCUUGACUUGUUGCUACCCAUGGUGGCUAAGCUUGUUUAUACUCCUCUGGUUCCACAGCUUUUUACCGACUCAGUAGCCCUUUUUUUCUUCCCCAUUACUUUAUCAUCUCCCUGCUCUUUCAUUAUUCUUGAAGCUAGAGUCAGUUUCUCUGCUCCCCUUCUUUUCUACUAAACAAUCCUGCUCUCUGUAUUAUUUUUCCCCCCACAUUGCGGCCACGUUUCCCAAAAAUCACUUCAUUAUCUGGGAUGCUCUCCUCUGCAAAUCUUUCCUUAGAGCCUCCUCUCUCCUCUUCAUUGCUUCUUCCUGGCACUGCAUGAGCAAAUCCACUUUUGAGUACACCUCUAUUUUGUUAAUAGUAUUCUUUCUAAAAGUUUCUUGUGUCCUACAAUUGUGUUUUUCUUAAUUCCAUGCCCAAAUUCCAUUUUGGGAAGAUGGUUGUGCAAGGAGUGCACACAGUUUAGUCUGGGAAGGGUUUAAUGAUCUUUUUUGUUCUUGAGCUUCACAAGACAUUUGAUGAACGAGGUAAUCUUCUUAUUCAAGGUUCAGUGAUUCGUGCUAAGAUCUUUGGAUACAGUCUGCCAAUUGAAACAUAAUAAACUCUCAUAGACUUAUUUCAGAAAUUGCCACUGCUACUGUAUUGUAAUAUUUUAACUGUGCCAUCUCACCAUAAAAUUAAGGGAAUCUGUGCAUAUUUACCAUGUAUACAGGGAGGAUAAGGUCAAAAAGCCACAUCAGGUCUGUGGUGUCUUAAUGAAGGCUUAGGCAUAUUUCCAGUCUUCUGGCAAGACAAAGAUAAGUUUCCUCAUAAGUGUCUCUCAAAAAAGUACCAAUCAGACUUGCCAAAUCCCAAACUGACCUGUGAGCUAGAGUGCAAGAGAAGGGCUGCCACUUUCAGAAAUCCACCUCCUUUCUGUGAGGACCACUCAGAUGUAAAUCUCUGACUGAUUCCUGCAAUUCACCAAUGCAACAUAUAAAUUAGUAUGCUAAUUUUGGGGUAAUUUUCCAAAAGAAUUGAUAAGAUGAGGGCUGAUAUUCCUUUGUCAUGACAAAAUGGAGUCAACAUUCUGGCCAAAAUGCAAGCACAUUGCUCACCCCUUGCAACUGAACUGGCAGCAGCACAUUUUCCCCUCUACACAGUAGUGCAUGGGAUUUUUACUUUAUUACAAAUAUUUAUUGAUCCUGCUACAAUUCAGAUAUCAGCUGUCCCUCCAGCAAGGAAACACAGCUCUAGCAUAACCAGCUGCUACUCAAGCUGCAUUUCCUGCAGACCUGGAGUUGUCACUAAUCCAUGCUCCUGUGCUCUGCUGCUGCAUUUCUGUGUGGCAGCCAGGUUGCAUUAAAACAAGUAUGUGUUUCCAGCUGUGCUCAUGCACACACCCUGGCUGACACACAUCCCCACUGCUGCUGUCCUGUACCUCUGUCGGCUCCUGCCAGCUCCAGGGGCAGGGCUCAGAGCUUGCCCAGUCUGGGCUGGAGGAGGUUCUCCAGCCCCUGAGGUCCUGAUGAAGGGUAGCAUUGCCCCUUGCUCCCCCAGAUUGGUGCCAUCCCCAGACUUGCUAAGGUGCCCUCUGCCCCAGUCCAGCUCCAGCCAGACUGACCAUGUGUGUUGACAGUGGGUGGCAGUCUCUCACCCACUGGUGGCUGCACUACCUGGCACUGCAGGCAGGAGUGUGGCACAGCAGUGUCUGGGACAAGGGGCAAGAUCCCAGGAGGCAGGGUCAUGCUGUGGUGCCAUCUAAAGGUCCUUGGACAGCCACAGAGGGGAAGGAAAGGGGGAGGAUGCUGAGCGAAGACUGUAGGUUUUGCACACUAGCCCUCUGUGGAGCAAGAGACAAUCCACGUGCAGCUGGGGGAGCAACCAGACCCUGGGGAGUAGAAGAAGACCCUGGCCCAGGAGAGGCAAGGGACAUGACUGAUCCUCGCUGGGCUCCCAUAGCUCCAGGCAGGAAAGCUAACUCUUGUGUACAAGCAGGUGGCAUGAGAAUAUUACAUGGUAAAUCAGAUAAGCUGCAAUCUCGUUAUGCGGCAACGGAUGAGGGGGUCAGAAAGGUUUGAGUAUAGCUGUCAAUACAGUAUCCUGUAAGGAUAGUGUCUAAUCAAAUUAGUCACUUGCAGCUCCUCUCCCCACAGCCUCUUGGUUAGGAGGAAAACAAUGUUCCCAGGAAGGAGAGGCACAAAGCAUCUUGAGCCCUGACAUCCUCAGCACUUGCCUUCCCUCUUUCUGCUUUGCAGGCACUGUGCACUGUCUGCGCCCACUGCUUUGGACACAGUCCCAUAAGUGGUCCUAACAGUGCUGCUUUUCCUGGAAGGUACGUUUUGCACCGGAUGAUUCUACUCCACAGUUGGAGUCUCCAGUAGUGUCCCUCCUAGGACUGGGGAGAGACUGUCAUAUGAGUUGUUGGGAGGAGAGGAAUUUUAUUCCCAGGAACUUGAGCUCAUUUUCCCAGCUGCCAGCCAAGCCUUCAGGGCAGCUUAAACACUUGAGGUUUUCAUUUGAAACACUGUUUAAGUGACGUCCACCGACACCCCACAAAGUAGAGGUCCUAUGCCAACUUUGCAAUUCAGGUUUAAAGCUAUUAAAAACAAAUUUGUGCAACCACACGUGUUCAGAUAUUAUUAUGCUGCGUGACAGUCUAGUGCAAGUUUCCUAAAAUAGCAUCCUCAUCCUCCUCCAAAAUCCUCCAUUGUCUGCCUAAGUCCAUUCAAAGAACAUUAUCCUAUUGCAAGCUUAGAUUGUAUCCACUUCAGUUACCAAUGUUAUGCCAGCGAAGGCUUUCAUGGUGCCACUUGAGUAUCCCUGAAGGCCUAGGGAAGGAAUACCUGAAGCCUUUGCACCAUGCUUUGAAUUCUGGGUACAUCAGCCCACCACCCUUCUCCAAGGGGGUUUCUGUGGCACUGCUGGCUCCAUUUUCAAAGGUGAUUUAGAUUUCCACCUGCCAUUCCUACAUGGUUUCAACUACACUGCACUUGCACAGCCCUGGCUUAGCCUAACAAAUGUUGCAUCAGUUUCUCCACCUCUGCAGCUAGAAAAUUCAGUGCUUUAGGACCUUCAUUCUUUCCCCUUUUUAGGAGGAAACCUUGUUAAGUUUCAAACCCUGAGUGCAGAAGCAGGAACUGAGUUUGGAUCUUUCACAUUUUGGGCCUGGAGUAUUGCUGUUGGACACUGCUUGUUUUUCUUAUAAAUGUUUUGAAACAAAAACAUUUAUCUUGAACGAAACAUAACCUUUCAUACCAAACAAAGUGUGAAUAUCUGGAGGGUUUGGAUCCAAAAGAUACAAAAGUUCACCCAUUUGCAAUUUUUCGGCUCCCAAAUGACAGCCAAAAAGCAUAUACAGCAGUUUGCAUACCUCUUAGUGCAUCCACAAAACCUUUUUAUGUCAAGAAAACACCACAUGUCGCAAAGCCAAAAGGACCUUCUGUUCAGAUACAGGGCAUCCUGAGCAUGUCCUCUAACUGUAUAGCUGUGUCCUGUGAUAGCUAUUUCAUAGAUGGUCUGAUUCAUGGACAUCGAAACGUUUCUGAGAAGUGGCUAUGAGCUCCCUGGAGACCUUCUCUCCUUACGCAAAUAUGACCUGGCACAAGGAGGUUCCAAUAGAUCCUAAAAAGUGCCAAGCUACAGUAUGCUGAACUGUAAGAGGAGCUACACUUCACUUCAGACUUUUUUCAAAAACCCAGUGGCAGAAAAAUUAGUUUUCCUCCAGUUUUAAGAAAUUGUUCGUCUGUAUGAAUUCCAGCUGGCUCUAUCACUACAUGUGCAUCUCUUCUGACUAAAAGUGUUUGCUGAAGAAAAGGAUGCAUCUCUGUUUCUAGGGAUACCUAAGAUUGGGUAAGAGCAAUCUCUUCCCACUGUUUUGGAAGCCUUUUCUGUGCAGGUCUAAAAUCUACUGUAUUGACACGAUUAUGGAGAACAGACUGAUCCCUUUUUCUUAGCAGUAGCAUUUAAUAGAGUUGGAGAUUGUUUUGUUUAGAAAAGAGACAUGAGAAACCUCAGUCUUUCCUCAGAGGUCACAUUUUCCCACUGUAUUCCACAUGAGACAUCUGUUCAGUACAACUUGGCAUAAUCUGUUAUGCAAUAGAAGGUUCAUCCUAAUGGAUGUACACCUCCUUCUGCCUGGUAGCCUUGACACAUGUGCGGUCUCUGUUAAGCCCAGACAGUGACUCAUCCCCAUGAAUUCACCAGGUGACUGUUCUCCACCUGAAUAGGACUUUCCAUACACCCUUGGUGAGGUCUAGUGCUCUAGUCCUGAGCACAUCUGUCUGCAACUUAGUUUUAAGAUGGUGCUAAAACACACUUACAGACACCUGACCGUGGCUUGCUCACCGACUCAAUGUUUUUCCACCCAUCAGUGGAAAUAAUGAGAUGCCCUACAUCUAUGAGAGCCUCCACAGAGAAGCCUACUCAAGAAGUUCUGAAUGUCUUUAGUGAGCUACUAACAACAGCUCUUCAUCUCUCAAAUAUAUUUGCUGCCGCCUUUUAACUACUUCAUCUAAGCUUUCACCUGAAGAGAGUAUCUUGUGUGUCAUUUCCUCAUCAGUCAAGAGCUGUGGCAGUCACUACUUUCUUUUUGUCUCAAGACUUACAGAGGAAAUUAUGAUGUAUGACACAGAUUGCUCUUGACAAAAUCACAUUGGAUGUUACUUGUCUCCUCUAUUUAUGUACAGACACACAUUUGUUCCUGUAUUUCUUAGAAGCCAAAUUUAAAAUGGUCUGCUGUGAAAUUCUCCAGUUCUUUCUUCUUCCUAUUUUGCAGAAAGAAUCAUUGCAUUUACCUUUUCCCAGCAUUUCAAAUCCUCAGAAGAUCCUCCAUUAAUUGUCAGAAAAACUCAUUAACAUUUUAGAGGUUAUUUCACACAACAUUCUAAAAACUCCAGCUCUUCAAUGCUUUCCCUAAUAUUCCUGCUCUUCCCUAUAUGAGAAACAGAAAGUGUUUAUUGCUCUUCAUGUUCCUAAUGUAACCUUAUAUUCAAUUUGACUUUUCUUACUUUCCAUUUUUAGUUGUUCACUGUAUUUUUUACACAUCUUCAAUAAUUUCACCGUGCUUAUACACUUUCUGUCUGGUUUUCUCUUCCUUAAGAUUAACAAGGACACAUAAUUUACAAAAUGGCCUGUUUUUUUCCAGUUUGAAACUUUCCUUUCAUGGUCUCGCUCACCUAAACUGUCUCUCACCUUCAUUUUUCAGGCAAUUCUUUCCCUUGCUUUCAGUCAAAACCAAAGAAAACUCCCUCUUGCUCUUUCUGCCAGCCUUUGUGGCCAGAAAACUGCUGUGACGCGUGAAACCUGGCUUAACAACCUGCAACCUGAAACACUGCCAUCCCUACAGAUGUCUGAAAAUUAAAAUUCCACAUUGCCACCGAGUUCUGUGCUUGGGACAGUCCUGUCUAUUGCUCAGGAAAAGGUUUCACCCAUCCCCGUUCCGGAGAUCUGGAGCAGUCACACACCAUGCCAGCUCUGAGUAGGUCCUUGUACCUCUUUUGGAACAUGGUUUUUGGAGGCAGUGUAUGUGGCCCUGGCACACAUCACCUCCUUCAAGUCUUCUUGAGCAGUAGUUCUAUUUUAGUAUCCUGGCUACAAGAAUUACCAGAACAAGUCACCUUCCUCCCAGGUAUCCACAUUCACAUUCGGGCUGGAUUGAACCACUCCUGGCAGUAGUGACAACACUCUCAGAGAGGGCACAGCCUGGGCCCUUACUCCUUCAGCAGGUUACUCUUGUUUAUUUUCCAGCAAUGUGGUGGAUGGGACUUACUCUUGUUUGCCAGUAGUGAAAACUCCUGUGCAUUAAUUCCUCUGAAAGGUGAUGGCCUCUGAGGCAUUUUGCCUCCCAGCAUCACAUUUGUCCUCACCUGCUGUUUGCACAGCAUGGUGGUUUCACUGAUGUGAAACAACUUAUGUUUCUCACAGCCAUAAUUCUCACCCUUUCUCUCCACUGAUAGCGAUGAGGAAAAUUUUUCUACCUUCCUGGUUUGCUUGGGGUUUGUUUGGUGUUUGUUUUUUUGUUUGUUUAUGUUGCCUUCAAGGCUUCCCAUGUUUUCUUAGAGUGUUUCAAUCCAGUAAUCCCAAAUGGAAGUUCUCCUUCCUGAAAGGACCCACUAAGAGGCGUAUUUUCCUGUCCAGGUUUUUACUAGCAAGAUGAAAAGGCCAUAGUCCUUGUAAAUUCAAUUCAAAACCUGGACUAAAGCACUCAGGAUUGGUGCUUUUGUUAGAGAAGAGCCCUUAGACUAGCCGUCCAAGAGUCAUGAAAUUGUAGAGAGAGUCCUGAAAGAGCAGCGUUACCUCACUAUUUUUGUUCUGGCCACUGUGUUCUUUUGCGAAGGACGCACUUCCUACUCCUGCUAGGAGCUAGGAGAGCAGGAAUAAUAAGAUGCUCACCUUGUUAGCCAAGGAUUAGGCCCAAGCAGUAUAUAUUUAAUUAGACUUUAAAGAGCUUAUUUCAAUGUUAGGAGAUGCAGUUCUUCCCUGUUGCUGCUGCCUCAAUAUAAUUGUUUCAGUAAGUGUUCUGCUUAUCAAGAGAAAGGAGAGUGGUUUUGGAUAUUGCAGGUACUCAGUGUUUGUUUGCAGUUAGAUUAAGAAGCGGAAAGUUGACUCAAAGCUCUUGUAGAGGUCAUCUAAUCUCUUUGUUUGAGAAGAUCUGUCCUCUCACAGACUCACCUUCGGCACUAUAAAGGAAUACAUCUUCCUGAUGACAAGCUCUCUUUGCAGUGAUACUUCACCCUUAGUCAUUCUAGAAGCAGCAUCUUCUACUACAAAAGCUUAGGAACUACAUGAGAAAUUAGAGUGCUGCUUGAAACGACCACGUCUUCCGCAAGAUCCAGGGCAUUCACAAUGAGCAUUAGUCAAGACGACGUGGAGAAGUUUCUUGAUGGUAACCCUGCUUUUGCCAAGCAGUACUUUGAGAAGAAACUGAAAACAGAGUCAUGGGAUAACAAUGAGAGCGAAAUACUUUUCGAGUUGAUCCAAGACAUGCAAGAAAGCAUCAACAUGGAGAAAGUUGUUUUCAAGACCUUGAGAAGAAUCAGGUCCCUUAUUCAUGCUGACCGCUGUAGUCUUUUCAUGUACAGGCAGAGAAAUGGCACACCUGAACUGGCAACAAGGCUUUUCAACAUCCAAGAGGGAAGUACUCUGGAGGAAUGUCUGGUGUCCCCAGACUGCGAGAUUGUCUAUCCAUUGGACAUAGGCAUUGUGGGCUAUGUUGCGCAGACAAAGAAAACCAUGAACAUCAAGGAUGUCCAUGAGUGUGCCCAGUUCAGUCCAUUUGUCGAUGAGCUCACCAACUAUACUACAAAAAACAUCCUUGCGACACCCAUCUUGAAUGGCAAAGAUUUGGUUGCUGUCAUUGUGGCUAUUAACAAACUGAAUGGCCCACACUUCACCAGCUCCGAUGAAACACUUUUUCUGAAAUACCUGAAUUUUGCAUCCUUGAACUUGAAAAUUUAUCACUUGAGCUAUCUUCACAAUUGUGAGACUCGAAGAGGCCAGGUGCUGUUGUGGUCUGCGAAUAAGGUUUUUGAGGAACUGACUGACAUUGAGAGGCAGUUCCACAAAGCUUUUUACACGGUGAGGGCAUACCUGAACUGCGACCGGUACUCAGUAGGUCUCCUGGACAUGACAAAGCAGAAGGAAUUUUUUGACCUAUGGCCAGUCCUGCUGGGAGAAGUACCCCCGUACUCAGGGCCUCGCACUCCGGAUGGCAGGGAAAUAGUCUUUUACAAGGUCAUCGAUUAUAUAUUACAUGGAAAAGAAGACAUUAAAGUCAUUCCAAAUCCUACCCCGGAUCACUGGGCACUAGUUACUGGACUGCCAACCUAUGUGGCUGAAAGUGGAUUUAUUUGCAACAUUAUGAAUGCUGCUGCAGAUGAGAUGUUUAACUUUCAGGAAGGUCCUCUAGAUGAAUCAGGAUGGACUAUCAAAAAUGUUCUCUCCAUGCCAAUUGUGAACAAAAGGGAAGAAAUUGUUGGUGUCGUCACAUUUUAUAACAGAAAAGAUGGGAAACCAUUUGAUGAACAGGAUGAAACCCUCAUGGAGUCCUUGACACAGUUCCUGGGCUGGUCUGUGCUCAACACAGACACAUAUGAUAAGAUGAACAAGCUGGAGAACCGGAAGGACAUUGCUCAGGACAUGGUGCUCUACCACGUGAAAUGUGACAAGGAUGAAAUCCAGGAAAUUCUGCCAACACGAGAAAAGCUGGGGAAGGAGCCAAGUGAGUGUGAGGAAGAGGAGCUGGCAAGCAUUCUGAAAGAAGAGCUCCCGGGGCCCACUAAGUUUGAAAUCUAUGAGUUCAGGUUCUCUGAUUUUGACUGCACCGAGCUGGAGCUGGUGAAGUGUGGCAUUCAGAUGUACUACGAGCUCGGCGUGGUGAAAAAGUUCCAGAUCCCACAGGAGGUUCUGGUAAGGUUUGUGUACUCUGUCAGCAAAGGCUACCGGAAGAUAACUUACCACAACUGGCGUCAUGGCUUCAAUGUUGCACAGACCAUGUUCACGCUCCUGAUGACUGGCAAACUGAAGCGUUACUACACAGACCUUGAAGCCCUUGCAAUGGUAACUGCUGCUCUGUGCCACGAUAUUGACCACAGGGGAACCAACAACCUUUACCAAAUGAAAUCUCAAAAUCCCUUAGCUAAACUUCAUGGAUCCUCAAUUUUAGAGAGACAUCACUUGGAAUUUGGAAAAUUCUUGCUCUCUGAGGAGUCACUGAAUAUAUGUCAGAACCUCAACCGCAGACAGCACGAGCACGUGAUUCACCUGAUGGAAAUUGCCAUUAUAGCAACAGACCUGGCACUCUACUUCAAAAAGAGAACAAUGUUUCAAAAGAUCGUUGACGAGUCUAAGACGUAUGAUAGUGAGACUGCCUGGACUGAAUACCUGUCUCUGGAGACAACAAAGAAAGAGGUUGUCAUGGCAAUGAUGAUGACUGCCUGUGACUUGUCAGCAAUCACAAAGCCUUGGGAAGUCCAGAGUAAGGUAGCUCUACUGGUAGCAGCUGAGUUCUGGGAGCAAGGAGACUUAGAAAUAAGCGUCCUUCAGCAACAGCCUAUUCCCAUGAUGGACCGAAGGAAAGCUGCUGAGCUUCCAAAGCUUCAAGUGGGUUUCAUUGACUUUGUGUGUACGUUUGUCUAUAAGGAAUUUUCACGUUUCCAUGAGGAAAUUCAGCCUAUGCUUGAUGGGCUCCUGAACAAUCGAAAUGAGUGGAAGACCCGUGCUGAUGAGUAUGAUGCAAAAAUGAAAGCUCUGGAGGAAGAGAAGAAAAAAGAGGAAGAGAGAAUGGCUGCAAAGAAAGAUGGAAUAACCUGUAACGGAGGAACAGCUCCAGCUUCCAAAACCUGUAGCAUACUCUAGACAUAUAUGCAAUAUAUGCCACCUAAAAUGAGAAUGCCCACGCUUAAAAAAAAAAAAAAAAAAAAAAAAAAAAAAAGACAUAAAAAUACAUUCCUGAUUGGACUGUUCUGAUACUUUAUUAGGCUUAUGAUCAACCAGGGAAGGGCUAGAUCUUGUUUGCCUUAAUUGCAUCUCUUCCUGAUGGUAAGGAGCCAGUUCUGUCCUGUCUCUUGCUCCAUGUAAUGCACCUUAUGUCAGAUGGCAUAUGGGAAAUCAGAACAACAUUGGGCCCAAUAAAUCAGGUUGCAGGACUAUGGAAGAGCAUUUCUCCUGCACUGAAACACUUCUUACAGCAAAACUGAUCGGGAUAGUCCUACUCCAUACAACCCCAUAUGAUUGACAGUGUAUACAACCAUAGCCUGCAGAGCAGGAAAACAGAAGAAGAGCCAAAUUUGUCAUAUCUAAGCCUAUAUCUGGAUAGCAGAAUAUAUCCUAUAUCUGGAUAUCACGAUAUCAGAAAGAAAUCUGAGGCUAAGGAUAAAGCAUGAAAACUGAUCAUAGUAAACCUCUGAACUGCUCUAAAAUACUUUUAUUCCAUGUAAAUCCAAGAAACACUUGGACAGAUAAAAGUUCUGCACUCACUUCAAGAACUGGGAUGCAUUGCCAUCACAAAGCAUGGAGCCAUAACAUGCAGUAGCUGCUUUCUUCAGGAGCAGGUUCCACAGUGUGCUAACUGAGGCGUUGUUCUUUCACACAAGAUUUUAAGAAGACAGGGUUAUCAUUACCCAUUACAGUUCCACUUACAGUUAACCAAGCAACUUGAAUUGUGGCAUCUCCUAAACUUGUUCUGUUUUGCCUCAUAGUGCCAGUUAUUUAAUACACUUGAUCAGAACCAACCCCUCCUUCUUUUCCUCCUCCUGUUCUGAGGUGUCUGUUUUCUAGAUUGCCCUACAAACUUGUGACUGAUGACCUGUACCCUUUUAUUUUAGAUAAAAGUUAGUUUUCAUGUUUAUUCAUGUAAACAUAUUAGAGCAUUUAAUUACACUGUUGUAGCAGUAGAGACACCUUCUCUGUUCCUUUCUCAUUCUCUCUCUCUCUCUUUUUUAAAACUGUUUGGAUAUCUAUUUUGCUGGGGAUUUUCUUCUUCUUCUAUUGCUCUUGCUAUCUUUCAGGGUUUUACCCUUCAGUAUCUUGUUUUGCAUUACAAAAAUACUGCAAGUAAAAGGAAAACUAGA